AUGAAGUUCUCCAUUGCCGCCAUUGCCCUCGCUGCCGUCGCCGUUGCGUCUCCCGUCGAGAUGGAACCCCGCACGAACCCCAGCACCUGCAACAUCAACGGCAACAACAACGGCAAGGUGGUUUGCUGCAACUCGCUCAUCCCCAUCCUCGGCCAGAUUCUCUGCAACAUCGCUGUCCUUGGAAGCACCUGCAACGCUGGCCAGACUGUCAGGUGCUGUGAAACCGACGCCAACGGCGGUCUCAUCAACAUCUCCCUCCUCAACUGCGUCGGCUAA